UGUUUAGAGUGGUACUAUUAAAAAUGUUGAUGCUGAAAAUCUACUUAUUAAGCGCAUUUGUGGUUCUGACUAUCCAUCGGGUAGGCUGCCAAGAUAAUACUCAGUCUGUGUAUUUGCACAGCGACUCUCAGUGCGAGCAACAAUGCCUCUCGAAACUGGAGAGGAUUGAAGACGAGCAGAGGAACAUUCUCGACUGGUUGGAAAACUUGCAGACAGACAGGCAGAUACAACUGGAUGCCCAACUAUUACAGAUGGAGCUGAAAAAGCGAAUGGAAUCGCAACAGGAAGAAGACUACGGCCCGAGACUACAGAGCCAAAUAGACGUUCUGCAGACAGCCAUGCAGAGACUUCAGGCCAAAAUGGAAGAUCAGGCAGCCGCACAAAACAAGCUUGAAGGGGCAGUAAUGGCAGUGCAGACCAGUCUGCAGGUACUUCAGGAAAAAAUUCGAUUCCAAAACCCAGACUUCUCUACGAAACCAGCUUCCCUUGUAACAAUUAUCCCGCCGGGGUUCGAGCGAAUUGGCAAGGGAUACUACUAUAUUGAACAUAAUAUUUUAGUCGGUUGGGACUUAGCAAGAAGCACAUGCAACAGUUUCGGUGGGAUACUAGCUUCAAUUCGAGAUGAAGAAGAACUUAAUUUAAUCCAAGCGAAACUCCGGAGAGAUACGCAUUACUGGAUUGGCAUUAACGAUCGUGAGUCAGAGGGCAAAUUCGUAUCUCUGGCCUCUGGAGAGCCACACACAUUUUUGAAGUGGGCGGUUAAUCAACCCAACAAUCUUGAAAAUCAGGAUUGCGUCACUCUUUACAACGGAGAAAUGUUUGAUUUUUCCUGUCCCACUGAAUAUUAUUUUAUUUGUCAAGUUGAUAACAUCUAAGAUAAUAUAAUUCAAUUAAUGACAAUUGUCAAAGUUCCACAGAAAUAUUUAAAUAUUAAAAUAAAAAAGUUUUUCAAUGGAA